UUGAGCACUUCCUCUUUGCAUAGUGCAGACUGCCCGGGGGAGCCUCCGCCUAAGCAACGCGGAGAGGGUGGGCUCAGCCGGGCUCCGAUCUGGCGCCUUCCCUGACUGCCGAUGCAACGGCGAUCUUCUCCUGAAGCGCAAGCUGGGAAAGCAGACCACGCAGGAGUGCAGAGAAGAAAUGGGGAAAAACGCCCAAAAUAACUCUUGUAUAGAGCCAAUAGAGUCGAGCCUUUUUCUACAUUAUUCACUUAUUCCAUCGUUCAUCAUCAUUAUAGUCCUGGCCUUUCUUGAAAAGAGAGCAAGAAGAUGCUGCUUUGAUGAAAAUUUCUCCUUACUCAGCAGACGCUUCGGGGUGUUGAUACCCUUUGAUUUUGUCGACUUGAAUGGCUCGUAUAGCAACCGAUGGUCAGUUGGAUUUGCAUUUGGUGUUACUGCAGAUAAAGUGAUGUUCCUGUUUCUUGACAUGUACAUCCCAGUUACAAUUCCUGGCUGGGCUAAAGUGUUUUGGGUUCUCCUCAUAGCCAUCGAAGUGGGCAUUUCCUCAUACCCUUUCUUUGUGUGCCUUUCAACAAGACACAGGCUUACAGGAGCCAUCUUUGGAUUUCUUUACACAGCAACCUGGUUGGCCAUCACGCUUCUAGAUAUUUUCCUUUGCUCUGAGAUUGAUGUCUUGGGAGAGCACAGCGAAAUGUUUUUCCUAUGGCCUUCCAUACUCUCCUACCUUUUCCUGCUGGGACGAUUUGUUUUUAUAUUUGUGAAAGAAAUAAGGAUUCGACGUGGGUUGGCUUCUGAAAAUGAGGAGAUUUCAUUUAUGGAAGGAUAUCAGGCAAAAUAUGUCCACCGCCUGUUCAGGAAGCGCCCAUUGCAGCCAGAUCAGAAAUCCUGGAUUCAGAGGAAGUUAUAUCACUGGGACCCUCACUUUAAAUUCCCUACCAGAUUAAUUAGUACAAUUGUGCUUGUCAUCAGGUGCCUUUAUACGUUUGUUAUACUCGAAUUUUUAAUCUUCAAGGCCCUUAAUAGUAAACUCAGAGAAUUGGCUGACUCCCUCAACAUUUUGGCUCUAUCGGUCAAUGAAACGGAAAAUACAUUCAUAAGCGCUAUGGAAGAAUUUGCUACUAUCACAUUUGAUGUUUGGGUUGUCACCACCAUUAUUUCCUGCAUCACAAGUCUCACCUACUUGUUUAACAUCUUAGUCUGCUACAGAAAACACAUUAAGUUAUUGCAGUCGGGCAAGAAGCACUUUCUCCUGCCAGAUCCUUCUACAUUGACAUCCUCUCACAGUGUGGUAGCUUUAGGAAAAUAUAUUUCGUGGCAAGUUGCAUACACAAUAUGGGGUUAUCUGAUCAUGCAUCUGAUACAGUGGGUGUUUGUAAUCAUACUUGUCUAUCUUUUCAUCUUGCCCAUGAAGCGUGGGGAGUGGAUGAAUCUUCUCAACAACUGGGGAACGACAAUCCUUUCAUUGGUUAUCAUCACGAUUAUCAGGCAGCUGCAAGUUGUUGUUGCUGGGAGAUUUUUUCUUCAGCCAAAAAUUUCGCCACAAGACAAGCAGAAGCCGUUGGCCCUGGAUAACUGGAGGGCCUUUGUCAACUUCAAUUACUUCUUGUUCUUCCAUUCCGUGGUGGUGGGACUGCUUUCCUGCUUGAUGCGACUGUUCCGCAGCGUCAUCCUGGGAGCCUGGCUGGUUGGGCGGUUAGACAGGCCGCUAAUGCCAGCGGGCUUUGAAUCCUGCGAUAAAGGUUUCUGUACUUGGGUUGAAAUGCUGGCUCUGGACCACUACCACACAAACCCCAUCCUUGGCUGCUUCUGCUACAUUCUUCAUAGAGCGAACAGAGAAAGACAAGAGCGGGAAGCCAUGGCAGAGGUUGCCAUAAUGGAUUGGGAUGGAUCAGCUUCCCAAAGUCCCAACUUCAAUCAGAGCUAUUUGGGAGACAUAGCUGUCCUUCGAAAUGCAUCAUCUAUAGAUCAGUUUGAAAACAACAAAAAGGACAACAAAGAAAGCAAUUCCCUGACUCAAACAUCCAGCAACUCCCAUCAUAUAAAAAAUGGGAAUGAAGGAACGGCGACAGCCAUCUCUUCCAUUGCACUGAAGCUUAAUCAGUAUCAAGUUUUCAGGGUGUCAAGCAGAGCCAGGACAAGAUGGCUGGUGCUCUACACACUUAUGAACAACCCCAGUCUCCUGGAAAACAGGAAGCUAAAACUAAGGUUUCAUUUAAUGGAGUAGCCACAGCAUGGCUUGGCCAGAUGUACUCUGCCACUGGAGUGGAACCUCCGGGUAAGCUGGCUGGCUGCACUUCAGAGAGCCUCCUUGGGUCAGUAAAUGGUGACUGACUGGGAUAUGGACUGCUGAGAAGCUCCACCGUGUGUGCAGUGACAAAGACGCCCAGCUUACACUUACUGUGGGCUACUUCCUUACCUCUUUGCUGCAUUAUUUUUUAAACUGAUGUAUUUCCAGUAUUUUACAAGCCAUGAAAUUGCACCCAUGUCCUGUUCCUAGAUGUUUCGACUGUCUGUCUGCUGGAAUUGUUAAAAAAUGUAUACAAGCAUUGAGUGGAUUUAGGCAGCAAAGAAAGUACUCUUAUUAUUUUUUCUCUGACAUCCUGCCCAUACCAGACAGUGUUUGGGAAAUGAAGCUAGAAGGAGAUUACAGUGUUUAACAAAAAUUACAAGUUUUCCAGAAAGUACCAAGCUGGCAUAUUUGUUUCCCAAACUGGUGAUAUGGAAGUGGUGUUUGCCUGAUCACAAAGGUGCUGUCAGGUCAUUUCUUCUCACAGUUUUUGCAUUAAGUGGCAGGUGCCUCUGAAGCCAGUCCUGCUGAGUCAAUGGAUCUGGCCUCACCACAAUGAUUUCUGCUUUCUGCUGCUAAGUUCAACUGGAAUGGGAUGUGAGUCAUAUCCAGUUAUCCAAUAAUCUAUUGGUGGUGGUGCUGGGCAGACACUUUGUGGAAGUGUAUAUACAAUAGUACAAUAGUGUACUAUUGUCCAUCCUGCAAAGACAGACUUCAGGAAUAGGUAAACUGUGGACCUCUGUCUAGAAGUGGCUGUAUUGCACUUCGCAUCAGUCACAGGCAGCAUGAGCAAUGAUCAGGAAUGACAAGAACUGUAGUCCAGUGUAUUUGGAGGGCUGCUGGUUCCCUACCUGGUGUACAUGACUUUUCUGGAUGAUGGUAGCAUAGUAAAUGGAAGGUUCCCUUGCCAACUUGCACUUCCCAAAGGUGGAGAACUGAAGGAGUGUGUGAAAUAUAGAAAGGGGAGGCAGUUGGAAGUGUAAGAAAAGGGACUGGGGAAAGUGGAGGGGGAGUUGAAGGGAAGGAGUAAGUGGAGAACACAAUACUGAAAGUCUUGCAGGAAGGGAUUAGGUUCUGAGAAAUGAAGGAACUAGGUUUGAGGCUAACAAAAACUGGAGAAAAUUAACCUCUGGGAUCUUUGGGUUUUGGUCUGGUCUCCUGACAUCUGCUGGAGUGCAGGAUCAAGCACUAGAAUUGCUGAAAGAAGUAUUGGACCCAUUUGUAAUCUCCUGCUAAACAUUGUUGUUUUUCUGAAAGCCCCAUUGGGAAAAACAAUUAAAGUUUCCUGUCCUCAAGCAAUCCUUCUUUGGCAGACCUUGUAGAAAACACAGUAUUCAAGAAAGGUAAUGUUUCCAUAUAAAGCAUGAUCUGGCUAGAUCUGUUCUGCAAGUAGAAAUGCUUCUCUCUGUUCCUCUUGACUGUAUUAAGUAUCUUGAUGCAUGGAGGUUUUUCACCAACUUUGUAAAGUACUGGAGGUGGGGGUUUGAUUUGGGAAGCAUGUGGUGUCUAAUUUCAGUAGAUUUCUACUCCUGCAUAUUUUGCUAUUCUUUUAUGUUUAAAUUAAAUUAUACUGGGAUUUAUUAAAAACAUAAACAAACAAAACCCUACAAAAUCUUCAACUGCCUGAGAUGCAACAGGACAGGAAAGAUGAGGCAGUGAAUCACAUCUUUGAGUUUCUUGGAUUUUAAAGAACAGGGUGAGGGGAGAGAGGGAAAGCUGUUUGUUGCUUCUGAUUAACCUUCGGGAACCUAGUCAUGCAAUUUACUUGCUAUUAAUAUUAUUGCUGCCAAAUGUUAUGAUCUAGCUUGAAACUUAUUUCAAACUUUCUGAGCAAAUAAAUCAUGGGUAAAAAGGCAUCAUAUAUAGAACCAACAAACCAACAAGAUACACAACUUUUUUCCAAUAAAGUUUAAUUUGGAGACAUUCUCACAUUUUCUUUUUAAACAGGAUAAGGCAAUAAGGCAGAAAUCCCCUCAGGUAGAUACUGUUCUUUUAUACAUUUUGCACUGUUGAGAAGAUGUAAAAUAUCA